GCCUCCAAGUGAGGGGAUGGCCCAUAAAAGGAGAGAGCUCUGAUGUUUGAUGUCGAUGUCAGAUGGGGACAGAUGCUAUCCAACAACACUACAACAACCUCCGGAGCAGCUAUAUGGUUCAGGCAGUUUUCUUUAAGCAAAGAAGUUUCUUGACUAUAAAUAAAGGUUAACUGAACACAGCACCAAUAUGAGAGAUUACGAUGGAAUCACAGCUUUCUUGGGAACAUGGGGACCCUUUCAGCAGACAAUCUUCUUGGCAUUGGCCAUCAGCAUCCUGCCCAAUGGAUUUACUGGUAUUUAUAUAGUGUUUGUAGGCGAUACCCCGCCACAUGAGUGCUUUAUUCCUGAGGAUUAUAAUGUCAGUGACAUGUGGAGAAAUGUGACCAUCCCCAUGGUGACAACGAAUGGUGUGUCACAGCGUAGCUCGUGCUCGAGACUCAGACUGGAGACGGUUAAAAAAUACUCUGGCCUGAAUAUAAUUCCAAAUGUGGAUAUCAACGUGAGUGAAAUUGAGCUGGAGAGUUGCUUGGACGGUUGGAAAUACAGCAAAGAGGUCUACCAGUCAACAUUUGUCACGGAGUGGGAUGUGGUGUGUGAUAACGCGUACAAAGUUCCUUUGACCACAUCAAUUCACUACUUUGGUGCGCUUGUGGGAACAUUCAUCUCUGGCCAGAUGUCCGACAGGUUUGGAAGAAAGCCAGCACUCUUCACUACUGUAAUAAUCCAGAUUGUGGCCACAUUCGCACAAAUAUUCUCCCCAAACUGGGAGUCAUUCAGUAUUAUUUUCUUCUUUGUUGGUGCUGGAUCAGUCUCCAACUAUGUCAUAGCGUAUGUUCUUGGGACAGAAAUACUGAGCCCUGGAGUUCGAGUCGUAUUCUCCUCUCUUGGAGUGUUCCUGAGCUCAGCGAUUGGCUACAUGUUAAUGUCAGCUGUGGCAUACUUCAUCCGUGAGUGGAGGUGGUUGCUGGUGCCCAUGGCAGGCUCUGGACUCAUAUACAUGCCUCUAUGGUGGGUCAUCCCAGAGUCUCCCAGAUGGCUGCUCUCUCAGGGAAGAGUUGAGGAGGCUGAGGCCAUACUGAGAGACGCUGCCAGGAGGAACAGAGUUGAAGCCCCAGAGGUCAUCUUCACUCCCUCAGAGGUAGAAGAUGCUCUGACCAUGAAGGACAUGAAACACAACAUUCUGGAUGUCAUGAGGAGCAGCAACAUGCUCUCAAUCACAGUUAUGUGUUCCCUUCUGUGGAUGAUAAUCUCCUGUGGUUACUUUGCCCUGAUUUUGAACACAAACAACCUCAAUGGAAAUCCCUAUAUCAACUGCUUCCUGUCUGGAGUUGUAGAAGUGCCCGCCUAUUUCAUCGCCCUGGUGCUUCUCAAAUACUGUUCCAGACACUUCUGCCAGUCCUCCACUCUCUUCCUAGGUGGCACUGUUAUUCUCUUCAUUAACAUUGUCCCAACAGAUCUCCCAGGAGUGGCAAUCUUUCUGGAGAUGGUGGGGAAGUUUGCCAUCACCGCAGCAUUCUGUGUGGUGUACGCCGUCACGUCGGAGCUCUUCCCCACCGUGGGUAGGAACAUGGCUAUGGGGACGUGCUCCAUGGCAGCACGCAUAGUCACCAUCCUCUCCCCCUUCAUCAUCUACCUCGGAAAUUACUACAAGUACCUCCCAUACAUAGUUAUUGGUAGCCUGGCAAUAUGUGGCGGUCUGUGCUGCUUCAUUUUACCUGAGACAUACGGGAGGGUGUUGCCAGAAACCAUCUCACAGAUGCAACAAAUCAAAGGGUGUCGAUGCAACACAGACCAAGAUACCAAAAACAUUGAUAGCUCGGUGUUUCGGGAAGGAGUCUAAAUUGUGAAUCUUGUUCUACAAUACAAUUGUUUUCUCUUGGAUGUGCAUUACAACUACAAAACAGUAUUCUGGUUUGAAAUUAUUAGCUAUCUUUUACUUUAUGAAAUUGUACAGUGUAUUCGGAAAGUAUUCAGACCCAUUGACAUUUCCAUAUUUUGCUACAUUACAGCCUGAUUCUAAAAUUGAUUAAAUA